UGUAAAGCCUCAUUUGGGGCAGACAGUUGGAAAGGAAAUUAUCAUUUUUUAAAAAUUUAGUUGAAUAAUAGUUAAGUUUAUAUGCAAAUAUUCAAAACUAAUCAAUUUUACUGUAUUCUUUCAUCCUAGUUUCCUCCCUGUAAAAAGCAUGCAUAUAAAACAGGUCGCUAUUGUAGGAUUUACCAGCUACGAGUAUGCUACAUAUACCAGUGAUAAUAAAGGAAGUCCAUACGUUGAAGAAUUUGAUCCAAAAUUUAACGUUAUAGUUGGGAAAAAUGGUUCUGGAAAAAGUAAUUUUUUGAAAGCCAUCCGUUUUGUUUUACACGAUAUGCGAUCGGUUGCUGGACUGAGACAUCAACGCGAUGACGGCCAUAUCGCUCCUUCUGGUUAUGUUCAGAUUACUUUUGAUAAUACCGACCGCACUAUUCCUAUUGACGAGGAUGAAGUUGUACUGAGAAGAACUUUGGGAAUGAAAAAAGGAGAAUAUUAUCUUAAUAAAAAAAUGACCUCUAAAGAAGAUGUAAUGAAUCUUUUAGAAACCGCGGGCUUUUCUAGAUCAAACCCAUAUUAUAUUGUUCAACAAGGAAAGAUCAUGGCCUUAACCAAUGCAAAACCUGAAGACCGUUUGGAGUUACUUAAAGAAGUAGCUGGAACACGUGUGUACGAGGAGAGACGAAAAGAAAGCCUGUCCAUAUUAGAAAGCAGCGACGCUAAGGCGGAUAAAAUAAAAAAUGUUUUGAAUUACAUUGAGGAGCGUCUCGUGGAACUGGAAGAAGAAAAGAAUGAACUAAAAAGGUAUCAACAACUCGAUAAACAAAAACGCAUACUUGAAUACGUUUUAUAUGAAAAAGAACUUCAAGAGAUUCAGUCAAAUUUAGAUGAUGUUGAAAUACUUUAUUCCAAAGAUAAUGACAGAAGCUCCAAAGAAAAUGACUUGCUUAUAAAAAUAUAUUCAGAUAGUGAAUCUGCUCGAGAAAAAUACAAAGCAAUAACUUCUGAUAAAGACGUUUUACUAGCCAAUCGAAUUUCCAAAAAAGAGGAACUUGAAGGAGCGAUUAAAAAACGGGUUAAGCUCGAACUAGAACUGAGCGAUCUUAUUAAUGACGAAGCUGAAAAAGAACAAAAAAAAAAACAAGUUUAUGAAGAACUUGCGAUUCUCAAAUCAACCAUCAAUAAGAAGCGUGAAGAGUAUAAAAGUUUUCUUCCUCUCUAUGAAAAAGUCAAAGCGGAAGAGGCAGUGGCCAUUCAAAAACUGGAAAGCGCUGAGCUGCGCAGGCAGGAAUUGCUUACAAAGCAAGGAAGGUCCAAGCAAUUCACCAAAAAAGAAGACCGAAGGUCCAAGCAAUUCACCAAAAAAGAAGACCGCGAUAUUUAUAUAAAAGAACAACUUCACUUGUUUAGAAAAAAGCUUAAUGAAAAACUAUCGUUGUUUGAGGAAGAACAACAAAAUUAUGAAACCACCGAAUUACAAAGUAAAAAGUUGGCCGAAACGUUGAAGUUCCAAAUAAAAGGAUUGGAAGAAACUAAGAAAAACAUUGAAUACAGUGAACAACAAAUUACUAAGAAGCGAAAACUUCGCGAUGAAGCACUCAAUGAGCAAAAAAAGUUUUGGGCUAAACAAAAACAACUUGAACGCGAGUUGGAAACUGUCAAAGUGGAUCUUCAAAGAGCCAAACGUUAUCAAGAAACCACCAUGAAUAAAUCGCACUUUCACGCGUUGAGCGCAGUAAAAAGAAUUGUGAGGAACAAUAAUAUUGAAGGCUAUUUUGGCCCAGUUAUAGAGAAUUUUGCCUGCGACAGACUUUUUAAUACUGCCGUAGAAGUAUCCAGCGGCAACAGGCUUUACUUACUAUAA